GUUUUUGUUUACAAACCAAACCCGAGCAGACGACAGGGACACAAGCGAAAGGGCCGAUUGAAUAAGUUGCAGUUGAAUGCGUCCUGUUAUAUAGCAAGCAUGACAGAAAAAGUGACAUGCUCGAGUCGAGUUGGAAAGCUCAGGCGCCUCGUUGCGGAGGAGCGCCGUCUCCUUCAGGAGAAGGCCUCGCUGGAGCUCAUGCUGAAGAACGUCCAACAGCUGAGGAACAAGCUCAAGGUGGAACAGAUUCAACUUAGCAGCAACCUCCAGGUAGAGCUUGGUGGGGACUACAUAGAAGUACCUGUCAAGUCAUUGCCUUUGAGUCCUGAUCCACUUGACAUGGAAGAGGAGGAAGACAAUGUUCUCAACAACAAGCCGAGUCUCAAUCUUAAUGUUAACGAUUUGCCAAGAAUGUUCUUUGGAAUGGACGACGAUGCGGAAGAAAAUGAAGAGGAGGAUUCAGAAGAAGAAAUUGGAUGUGCUAACGAAGUGUUAGGGAACUUUAAUGAAACUGAAAUUAAUUUUGAUGAUUUCUGAUAGCAUUUUUGUUUGCUGUAUUUUUUGGUCUGUGAUACUAAGGUAUAUAGUUAUAGUUUCAUUCACAUUUUGUCAUUUAUUUCUGUAUUGUCGCAUGUUGUGCUAUUAUAAUAUCAUAUGUAAAUCUCUUAUUGAAAAUACCCUUCGUAAAUGAGUCCUUGCUAUUUUCAAUCUACUGUACUAUAUGUUAUCACUAAAAACAGAUAUUCUUUUGUCUUUCGACACCUGCAGUCUACUCGUAUGGCAGUAGCAGUAGUUAUAUUCAUUCACCUCAUUUGAACUUUGGUGGACCACAUAUUUUCCAAGAUAUGGAUGGCAGUUCUUGGUGAUCCUUCUAAUUUUCACAGAUACCCUACAAUGUUACUCAUGUAUCUACGCUAACUAACAUCACCCAAUUAAAGUCUGGUUAAUUAUUGAUUA